AUGACAAGCCAGUACAGCGUCGGCAGGCCUUGCGGCAGAAAGAGCUUCCUCGACGCACCUGGAGAGCUACGCAAUACCUUCUACCACCACUUCAUCGAUCUCAGCCCAUCAACCAGCGAUGCUGCCAAUCUUGCCUGCGUCAAUCAGCAAGUCCACGCGGAGUUCACGACGCUGUAUUUGAGCCGGAGAUAUCAAGGCACAACCGGACUUCCAUUCGAGCAUGUUCCGUUCUUCUUACACUUCUUCUUCGUUCGGUACCCCGACGCGGCUCCCAAGACCGUAGUCUACAAGUUCAAAGUAGGACUCGGAAAUCCAACCCCCAAAAGCAUUGAUUUUGAUACUGCCCCAUGCUGGUCACUGGAUCUGCUCAAGGUCGUGUCGGUCAUGCGCAAGUACCCUUUGAUCAAAGUGGUCUGGGACCUGGGCGCGGGCAUGGGUCGCUACUCCGCUGUGUCGUUCGAUGACACAGACAUCGUCUACGCAGUGAGGAACCUGAGAUCUAUGAGUUCCCGACAUUUCAGCAAGUUGUCUUCCAUCAGGCUCACUUUGUCCGAAUCGCCGAAAGAAUUACACAACUUCCAGCCAUUCCGGGUCGUGACUGGCCCCUCCCUAGACGCCAGCCUUUCGAUCAAGUCGAAGAAGGGCGUGACAGAAGAUUUCUUUGAUAAGUUCGAUACCAAUUGCGGUGGCAUCAAUGUAGAGCUUGCGUUGGAAGACAGUACGGACAGUAAUGAGGAGAGUUCAGAUGGCGAGGAAGACAUUCCAGUUGACGGUCACGAAGACUCAGAGAGUGAAGACCAGGUCCUUCCAGACUUAGGAGACUUGAUUCUAUUUUGA